UAAUAUCUUAGACUAUUAGUCAUAUGUAUUUCUCAGGAUGAUUUUUUUAAAGUUCAUAAUUAAAGGAAAUGGUGAAUUUCAAUGAGAAGUUAGUGAAAACAAAGAUGUGCGAUUUUUCCCAUGCAUGGUCCCCGUUCUCCAUCCAGGUCUAGGGGCUUGUUGGGUGUGGUCGCCCGGACCCUUUGGGGAAGCUUUGGGACAGGGCACUGUGCCUGCACGGUGACUCAGCUCCUUGCCUAGGGACUGCCUUUUUUAAUGAGUCUACAUCUGCAUGUGGUGAUUUUAGUUUAGUUUUUGUUUUUUCCUGUAGAAUUUUUAGCUUUAGUUUAAAAAAAAAAAAAAAAAAAAAGCUCUAAGCCUGCUCAUCCAGCCUAGCACUUUGGGCUGGCUCUCUCCCCGGCCCCACCCGAACCUUCCUUCCUCUUUGGUGGUCUCUCUGCCUGCAUUGGGUUGGGCUGGGUCCCAUUCUCCCCCCUUCCUCGCCCCUCUCUCUCCCCCUGCUGUCUGAUUCCUCUGCCACACCCUGUACUUUCUUCCUAAGCCCAUCUCCCCCUCUCUGUCUUGUGGUUUCCCUGAAAUCUGUGUGGGCACUGGACUGUUAACUCCCUCCUUCCUGCUCAGCCUACCCGGUGGCUUCCCUGCUUUAUUCCCUUGCCUUUAGCGGAUUUUAUGGGAAAAAAGCAGCUGUGGCUGUCCCUUGCCGCCCCACUGGCUCCCGAUCUAGGACUGUGCAUGUGGGGGUGACAGCCCCGGGUCAGACCUGGGAGAAUUUAGGGCGCCCCUCUGGGCCUAUCAUUCCCGGCCCGUGCUUGGGCGAGCUCCAGGGGGCUGUUCAAGGUCCAAGAGAGAGCUCCCUGGGGCUGGGGCUGGCGCCGGGGCUGGGGACUGGUCAGUUCUGCCUGGGACCUGGCGCUCAGCCACUUGAGCCUGUGUGCAGAGACACUGCCCCUCUGCAUCAUCUGGUGUCCCGGGAAUUUCCCAGGCUGUGUGGGCAGCCCUCCCCCAAGCCUCUCGGGGACUCCCCUCUCGGCCAGGAGCCCCAGGACCCACGAAGCGCUGCCUUCUCUGCCCGGGAGCCAGCUGCUGCUUGGAGUCCCACAGAAUCGGGCUUUGUUCUCGGCAUCCUCGGGGAAGCCUGUGGCCUGGCUGGUGUGGGUGUGGUCUCCCCAGGGAUGUGUGGGCAGCUUGCCCACCCUAAUGGGCCAGCUCUUGGGUACUCUGGGAAGAGGAGGCCCCUCCAUGUGGCUCUCCUCCGUGGGCCUGAGCUGGGGGGGAGCAAGAGGGCUUUCCCCUGAGUGGGGGGGCGGGGGAGCCCCCUCCCCACCCACUCUCACCAGGGCGGGGUGAGGCAGGCUGCCCCACUCUUACUUCCCAGCUUUGAUGUGGUGAGAUUGCCCCUGGGACGAGGGCAGGGACGCACCCUGUAGGUGUUCUGGGCAGGAGUGUCUGAACCCAAGGCCCUUCUUUUCCCCCGUAUGCUGGGAAGGGCUGGGCUGGGGAGGGCAGGGCUAGCAAUGGUCAAAGGCUGCCACGGCGGGGCCUGGCUCUUCUGGUCCGGGCUGUUUGCCUGCUUGCCUGACUGGGAGGGCGGGGAAAUGAGAGGAGGGAGGGAGGGAGGAGGAGGAUGUGGUGAGCAGGAACAGGGCUGUCUCCCCACACCGCAGCAGGGGAAGGCGCUACCCACCCUCCGGACCUGUGCGCCCGGCUCCCUGGCAUAGCUGAGCCCCCGGAGGGAGGGAGCCUCUGGGGCAUUUCCAAGCCAUGGCGGGAGCCCAGGUGCCGGGGGCUGCCGUCUCGGCCUCUUACACCUUCCAAAGGGACAUCCUGCUGGAUCGGUCCGGCUGGCUGGACGGUGGCUCGGAGCAGGACAGGAAAGGCUACCUGUACCAGCAGCUCUGCUGUGUAGAUGAGCGGGACCGGGUGCAGAAGAAAACAUUCACCAAGUGGGUCAACAAGCACCUCAUCAAGCACUGGAGAGCAGAGGCGCAGCGACACAUCAGUGACCUAUAUGAAGACCUCCGAGAUGGCCACAACCUCAUCUCCCUGCUGGAGGUGCUCUCGGGGGACAGCCUGCCGAGGGAACGUGACGUAAUCAGGAACUUGCGCCUGCCACGUGAGAAGGGGAGAAUGCGCUUCCAUAAGCUGCAGAAUGUCCAAAUUGCCCUGGACUACCUCAGACAUCGACAGGUGAAACUGGUGAACAUCAGGAAUGAUGAUAUUGCUGAUGGCAACCCGAAACUCACCCUGGGUUUGAUAUGGACCAUCAUCUUGCACUUCCAGAUCUCGGACAUCCAGGUGAGUGGCCAGUCCGAGGAUAUGACUGCCAAGGAGAAGUUGCUGUUGUGGUCCCAGCGGAUGGUGGAAGGCUACCAGAACCUGCGUUGUGACAACUUUACUGCUAGCUGGCGGGAUGGGCGCCUCUUCAAUGCCAUCAUUCACCGGCACAAGCCCAUGCUCAUUGACAUGAACAAAGUCUACCAGCAGAGCAAUCUGGAGAAUCUGGACCAGGCCUUCAAUGUGGCUGAGCGAGAGCUGGGGGUCACCCGGCUGCUGGACCCCGAGGAUGUGGACGUCCCCCAGCCCGAUGAAAAGUCCAUCAUCACCUACGUGUCAUCCCUGUAUGACGCCAUGCCCCGGGUACCGGACGUGCAGGAUGGGGUGAAGGCCAAUGAGCUGCAGCUUCGCUGGCAGGAGUACCGGGAGCUGGUCAUGUUGCUGCUACAGUGGAUCCGUCAGCACAUCAUCGCCUUCGAGGAGCGCAAGUUCGCCACAAGCUAUGAGGAGACAGAGAUCCUCUGGUGUCAGUUCCUCAAAUUUAAGGAGACCGAACUUCCCGCCAAGGAAGCCGACAAGAACCGAUCCAAGAACAUUUACCAGUCACUGGAGGGGGCUGUGCAGGCUGGGCAGCUGAAGGUCCCCCCGGGCUUUCACCCUCUGGACGUGGAGAAGGAAUGGGGGAAGCUGCACGUGGCCAUCCUGGAGCGAGAGAAGCAGCUGAGAACGGAGUUUGAGAGGCAGGAGUGUCUCCAGAGAAUUGUGAGCAAGCUCCAGAUGGAAUCCAGCCUGUGCGAGGAGCAGCUGAAUCAGGCUGAUGCCCUGCUGCAAUUGGACAUCCGGCUGCUGACCUCCGGCAAAGCCCCUCAGCACGCCGGGGAAGUGGAAAGGGACCUGGACAAGGCCGAUGGCAUGAUCCGGCUGCUCUUCAAUGACGUGCAGACCCUCAAAGACGGGCGGCACCCCCAGGGCGAGCAGAUGUACCGAAGGGUGUACCGCUUGCACGAGCGGCUCGUGGCCAUCCGCACUGAGUACAACCUGCGGCUCAAGGCCGGCGUGCCCGUGACUCAGGUGAGCCCGGUGGGCUCCCAGCGGCGGCCCGAGCUGGAGGAUGUCACGCUGCGCUACUUGCAAGACCUGCUGGCCUGGGUGGAGGAGAACCAGCGGCGGCUGGACGGGGCCGAGUGGGGCGUGGACCUCCCCAGCGUGGAGUCGCAGCUGGGCAGCCACCGGGGCCUGCACCAGUCCAUCGAGGAAUUCCGGGCCAAGAUCGAGCGAGCCCGGGCCGAUGAGAGCCAGCUCUCCCCGGCCACCAGAGGAGCCUACAGGGACUGCCUGGGCAAGUUGGACCUGCAGUACGCCAAACUGCUGAACACCUCCAAGGCCCGGCUUCGGGGCCUGGAAAACCUGCACGGGUUCGUGGCAGCGGCCACCAAGGAGCUGAUGUGGCUGAACGAGAAGGAAGAGGAGGAAGUCAACUACGACUGGAGUGAACGCAACAGUAACAUGGCGGCCAAGAAGGACAGCUAUUCGGCCCUGAUGCGGGAGCUGGAGCAGAGGGAGAAGAAAGUCAAGGAAAUUCAGAACACGGCCGAGCGCCUCCUUCGGGAAGAUCACCCUGGGAAGUCCACUGUGGAGGCAUUCCAGGCUGCCCUGCAGACCCAGUGGAGCUGGAUGCUACAACUGUGCUGCUGCCUCGAGGCGCAUCUGAAGGAAAACACCGCUUAUUUCCAGUUCUUCUCUGACGUGAGAGAGGCUGAGGAGCAGCUGCAGAAACUUCAGGAGAUGAUGCGAAGGAAGUACAUUUGUGACCGUUCCAUCACCGUCACUCGCCUAGAGGACCUGCUGCAAGAUGCGCAGGAUGAAAAGGAACAGAUCUCAGAAUACAAGGGGCAUCUUUUGGGCCUGGCCAAGCGGGCCAAGGCCAUCGUACAACUAAAGCCCCGUAAUCCAGCCUACCCCAUUCGGGGCCGUCUGCCUCUGCAAGCUGUGUGUGAUUACAAGCAGAUGGAGAUGACCGUCCACAAAGGGGAUACCUGUCAGCUAGUGGGUCAUGCCCAGCCAUCCAAAUGGAAGGUGGUACACAGCAGUGGCAGUGAAGCCGUCCUGCCAUCCGUUUGUUUUCUUGUGCCCCCACCCAAUAAAGAAGCCCAAGAAGCAGUCAGCAGGCUGGAGGGGCUGCACCAGACCCUGGAGAGCCUUUGGCACCAGCUGCACGUGGACAUGAAGAGCCUGUUGGCUUGGCAGUGCCUGACCCGGGAAAUCCAGCUUAUUCGCUCCUGGUCCCUGGUAACGUUCCGCACACUGAAACCAGAAGAACAGCGGCAGGCCUUAUGCAACCUGGAGCUGCAUUACCAAGCCUUCCUUCGGGACAGCCAGGACUCGGGCAGCUUUGGGCCCGAGGACCGGCUGCAGGUGGAGCGGGACUACAGCACCUGCACCCGUCACUAUCAGCAGCUGCUGCAGAACCUGGAGCAAGGGGAGCAGGAAGAGUCCCUGUGUCAGCGCUACAUCUCUGAGCUCAAGGACAUCCGUCUCCAGCUGGAGGCCUGUGAGGGCCGUAUUGUCCAUCGGCUCCGCGUGCCGCUGGAGAAGGAGCCUGCCCGCGAGUGUGCUCAGCGUAUCACCGAGCAGCAGAAGGUGCAGGCGGAAGUGGAGGGGCUGGGCCAGGGCGUAAGCAAGCUCUCUGCCAAGGCUGAGAAGGUGCUGGCCCAGCCCGAGCCGGCCCCUGGAGCCCCUGCCCUUCGCUCUGAGCUGGACCUGACCCUGGGCAAGCUGGACCAGGUGCGCAGCCUGUCUGCCAUCUACCUGGAGAAGCUCAAGACCAUCAGCCUGGUGAUCCGCAGCACCCAGGGGGCCGAGGAGGUCCUGCGCACCUACGAGGAGCAGCUCAAGGAUGUGCAGAACGUCCCUGCCGAUCUCUCUGAGCUGGAGGCCACCAAGGCGGAGCUAAAGAAGCUGCGCAGCCAAGUGGAGGCCCAGCAGCCUCUGUUUGCGGGCCUGAACGAGGAGCUGAGGGCGGCGCAGGAGGUGGGCGAGCGGAUGCAGCAGAAGCACGGCGAGCGGGACGCGGAGCUGGAGCGCUGGCGGGAGCGGGUCACGCAGCUGCUGGAGCGCUGGCAGGCCGUGCUGGCCCAGAUCGACCUGCGGCAGCGGGAGCUGGAUCAGCUGGGGCGCCAGCUGCGCUACUACCGCGAGAGCGCCGAGCCCCUCAACACCUGGCUGCUGAGCGCCCGGCAGCGGCAGGAACAGAUCCAGUCUGUGCCCCUGGCCGAUAGCCAGGUGGUCCGUGAGCAGCUCCAGCAGGAGAAGAAACUCCUGGAAGAAAUUGAAAGACAUGGAGAGAAGGUCGCUGAGUGUCAGAAGUACGCCAAGCAAUACAUUAAUGCCAUCAAGGACUAUGAGCUGCAGCUGGUGACAUACAAGGCCCAAGUAGAACCUGUGGCCUCCCCUGCCAAGAAACCCAAGGUGCAGUCGGUGUCGGACAGCGUCAUCCAGGAGUAUGUGGAUCUCCGCACCCGCUACAGCGAGCUGACCACCCUCACAAGCCAGUACAUCAAGUUCAUCAGUGAGACGCUGCGGCGCCUGGAGGAGGAGGAGAGGGCGGCGGAGAAGCUGAAGGCGGAGGAGAGGCAGCGGCUGGCGGAGGUGGAGGCCCAGCUGGAGAAGCAGCGGCAGCUGGCCGAGGCCCACGCCCAGGCCAAGGCCCAGGCGGAGCGCGAGGCGCAGGAGCUGCAGCGGCGCAUGCAGGAGGAGGUGGCCCGGCGGGAGGUGGUCGCCGUGGACGCCGAGCACCAGAAGCUCAACAUCCAGCAGGAGCUGCAGCAGCUGCGGCAGAACUCGGACCUGGAGAUCCAGGCCAAGGCCCAGCAGGUGGAGGAGGCCGAGCGCAACCGCGUGCGCAUCGAGGAGGAGAUCCGCGUGGUGCGCCUGCAGCUGGAGGCCUCGCAGCGGCAGAAGAGCGGGGCCGAGGCCGAGCUGCAGGCCCUGCGGGCCCGCGCCGAGGAGGCCGAGCUGCAGAAGAAGCAGGCCCAGGAGGAGGCCGAGCGCCUGCGGCGCCAGGUCAAGGAGGAGAGCCAGAAGAAGCGGCGGGCCGAGGAGGAGCUGCGGCUGAAGGUGCAGGCCGAGGAGGAGGCCGCGCGGGAGAAGCAGCGCGCGCUGCAGGCCCUGGAGGAGCUGCGGCUGCAGGCCGAGGAGGCCGAGCGCCGCAUGAGGCAGGCCGAGGCCGAGAAGGAGCGGCAGGUGCAGGUGGCCCUGGAGACGGCCCAGCGCAGCGCCGAGGUGGAGCUCCAGAGCAAGCGCAUGUCCUUCGCCGAGAAGACGGCCCAGCUGGAGCUGAGCCUGAAGCAGGAGCACAUCACCGUGGCCCACCUGCAGGAGGAGGCCGAGCGGCUCAAGAAGCAGCAGGCCGAGGCCGAGCGCUUCCGCGAGGAGGCCGAGCGCGAGCUGGAGAAGUGGCGGGCCAAGGCCAACGACGCCCUGCGCAUGCGGCUGCAGGCCGAGGAGGUCGCCCACCAGAAGGCCCUGGCCCAGGAGGAGGCCGAGAAGCAGAAGGAGGACGCCGAGCGCGAGGCGCGCAAGAGGAGCAAGGCCGAGGAGUCGGCGCUGCGCCAGAAGGAGCUGGCCGAGCAGGAGCUGGAGAAGCAGCGCAAGCUGGCCGAGGGCACGGCGCAGCAGAAGCUCUCCGCCGAGCAGGAGCUGAUCCGGCUCAAGGCCGAGACGGAGAACGGCGAGCAGCAGCGGCUGCUCCUGGAGGAGGAGCUCUUCCGCCUCAAGAACGAGGUGAGCGAGGCCAUCCAGAAGCGCAAGGAGGUGGAGGAGGAGCUGGCCAAGGUGCGGGCCGAGAUGGAGGUCCUGCUGGAGAGCAAGGCCAAGGCCGAGGAGGAGUCGCGCUCCACCAGCGAGAAGUCCAAGCAGCGGCUGGAGGCCGAGGCCGGCAAGUUCCGCGAGCUGGCGGAGGAGGCCGCGCGGCUGCGCGCCCUGUCCGAGGAGGCCAAGCGGCAGCGGCAGCUGGCCGAGGAGGACGUGGCGCGCCAGCGGGCCGAGGCCGAGCGCAUCCUCAAGGAGAAGCUGGCCGCCAUCAGCGAGGCCACCAGGCUCAAGACGGAGGCGGAGAUCGCGCUGAAGGAGAAGGAGGCGGAGAACGAGCGCCUGCGGCGGCUGGCCGAGGACGAGGCCUACCAGCGGCGCCUGCUGGAGGAGCAGGCCGCCCAGCACAAGGCCGACAUCGAGGAGAAGAUCGCGCUGCUCAAGAAGUCCUCCGAGAGCGAGCUGGAGCGCCAGAAGGGGCUGGUGGACGACACGCUCAAGCAGCGGCGCCUCAUCGAGGAGGAGAUCCGCGUCCUCAAGGUCAGCUUCGAGAAGGCCUCGGCCGGCAAGACGGACCUGGAGCUGGAGCUGGGGCGCAUCAAGAGCAGCGCCGAGGAGAUCCAGAGGAGCAAGGAGCAGGCCGAGCGCGAGGCCGAGAAGCAGCGGCAGCUGGCGCUGGAGGAGGAGCAGCGGCGCCGCGAGGCCGAGGACAAGGUCAGGAAGAGCCUGGCGGCCGAGCAGGAGGCCGCCCGGCAGAGGAAGGCCGCGCUGGAGGAGGUGGAGCGCCUCAGGGCCAAGGUGGAGGAGGCCAAGCGCCAGAAGGAGCUGGCCGAGAGGGAGUCCGAGCGGCAGAUCCAGCUGGCCGAGGAGGCCGCCCAGAAGCGGCUGCAGGCCGAGGAGAAGGCCCACGUGUUCGCCGUGCAGCAGAAGGAGCAGGAGCUGCUGCAGAGCCGCCGGCAGGAGCAGAGCGCGCUCGACAGGCUGCGGGAGGAGGCCGAGAAGGCCAAGCGCGCCGCCGAGGAGGCCGAGGAGGCGCGGCGCCGCGCCGAGCACGAGGCCGCGCUGUCGCGCCAGCAGGUGGAGGAGGCCGAGCGCCUGAAGCAGCAGGCCGAGGAGCAGGCGCAGGCCCAGGCCCAGGCCCAGGCCGCCGCCGAGAAGCUGCGCAAGGAGGCGGAGCUGGAGGCCGCCAAGCGCGCCCAGGCGGAGCAGGCGGCGCUGCGGCAGAAGCAGGCCGCCGACGCGGAGAUGGAGAAGCACAAGAAGUUCGCCGAGCAGACCUUGCGGCAGAAGGCGCAGGUGGAGCAGGAGCUGACCAAGGUGAAGCUCCAGCUGGAGGAGACCGACCACCAGAAGGACAUCCUGGACGAGGAGCUGCAGCGCCUGAAGGAGGAGGUCACCGACGCCAUGAGGCAGAAGAGCCAGGUGGAGGAGGAGCUCUUCAAGGUGAAGAUCCAGAUGGAGGAGCUGGUGAAGCUGAAGGCCCGCAUCGAGGAGGAGAACAAGAUGCUGAUCCUCAAGGACAAAGACAACACCCAGAAGUUCCUGGUGGAGGAGGCGGAGAAGAUGAAGCAGGUGGCCGAAGAGGCCGCCCGCCUGAGCGUGGAGGCCCAGGAGGCCGCGCGGCUCCGCAAGCUGGCCGAGGAGGACCUGGCCCAGCAGCGCGCCCUGGCCGAGAAGAUGCUCAAGGAGAAGAUGCAGGCCGUGCAGGAGGCCACGAGGCUCAAGGCCGAGGCCGAGAUGCUGCAGAAGCAGAAGGACCUGGCCCAGGAACACGCCAAGAAGCUGCAGGAGGACAAGGAUCAGAUGGAGCAGCGCCUCGCGCAGGAGACCGAGGGCUUCCAGAAGACCCUGGAGGCCGAGCGCCGCCGCCAGCUGGAGAUGAGCGCCGAGGCCGAGAGGCUGAAGCUGCACGUGACCGAGAUGAGCCUGGCGCAGGCCAAGGCCGAAGAGGACGCCCGCAGGUUCAAGAAGCAGGCCGAGGAGAUCGGCGAGAAGCUCCACCGCACCGAGCUGGCCACCAGGGAGAAGAUGACGCUGGUCCACACGCUGGAGAUCCAGAGGCAGCAGAGCGACAAGGACGCCGACAAGCUGAAGGAGGCCAUCGCCGAGCUGGAGAGGGAGAAGGAGAAGCUGAAGCGUGAGGCAGAGAUGCUCCAGCACAAGUCGGAAGAGAUGCAGAUGGCCCAGAAGGAGCAGCUGCUGCACGAGACGCAGGUGCUGCAGCAGACCUUCCUCACCGAGAAGGACAGCCUGCUGCAGAGGGAGCGGUUCAUCGAGGAGGAGAAGGCCAAGCUGGAGAAGCUGUUCCAGGAGGAGGUGGGCAAGGCGCAGAGCCUGAGGGCCGAGCAGGAGCGCCAGCAGAAGCAGAUGGAGCAGGAGAAGCAGCGGCUCCUCUCCAGCAUGGACGAGGCCAAGAGGAGGCAGAAGGAGGCCGAGGACAGCGUCCGGCGGAAGCAGGAGGAGCUGCAGCAGCUGGAGCAGCGGCGGCAGCAGCAGGAGAAGCUCCUGGCCGAGGAGAACCAGAAACUGCGCGAGAAGCUGGAGAGGCUGGAGGAGGAGCACCGGGCGGCCCUGGCCCAGACCCGGGCCGUCAUGAUCCAGACGGAAGAGAGGGUGGCCCCGACCAAGGCACUGCCCAACGGGCGCGACGCGGUGGACGGGCUGGCCCAGAACGGGGAGCCCGAGUUCGCGUUCGAGGGCCUGCGGCAGAAGGUCCCGGCCAAGAGGCUGGAGGAAGCCGGCGUCCUGAGCCGCGAGCAGCUGGACAAGCUGGCGGAGGGCGCGGUGUCGGUGGGCGAGCUGUCGCAGAGGGAGGACGUCAGGAGGUACCUGCAGGGCGGGAGCAGCAUUGCCGGGCUGCUGCUCAAGCCAACCAAUGAGAAGGUGAGCAUCUACAAGGCCAUGAAGAAGCAGCUGCUGAGCCCGGGGACCGCCCUCAUCCUGCUGGAGGCCCAGGCCGCCUCCGGCUUCAUCAUCGACCCCGUCAGGAACAAGAGGCUGUCCGUCAACGAGGCCGUAAAGGAGAGCGUGGUCGGGCCCGAGCUGCACAACAAGCUGCUGUCCGCCGAGAGGGCCGUCACCGGCUACAAGGACCCCUACACCGGGGACAAGAUCUCCCUCUUCCAGGCCAUGCAGAAGGACCUCAUCGUCAAGGACCACGGCGUGCGCCUGCUGGAGGCCCAGAUCGCCACGGGCGGCGUCAUCGACCCCGUGCACAGCCACCGCGUGCCCGUGGAGGUCGCCUACCAGCGCGGCUACCUGGACGAGGAGAUGAGCAAGAUCCUGUCCGACCCCUCCGACGACACCAAGGGCUUCUUCGACCCCAACACGCACGAGAACCUGACCUACCUGCAGCUGCUGGAGCGCUGCGUCACCGACCCGGACACCGGCCUCCGCCUCCUGCCCCUCACGGACGCAGCCGCCAAGGGCGGGGAGCUGGUCUACACCGACAACGAAGCCAGAGACGUGUUCGAGAAGGCCACCGUGUCUGCCCCCUUCGGCAGGUUCCGCGGGAAGACGGUCACCAUCUGGGAGAUCAUCAACUCGGAGUACUUCACGGAGGAGCAGCGGCGGGACCUGCUCCGGCAGUACAGGACGGGCAAGAUCACCGUGGAGAAGAUCAUCAAGAUCGUCAUCACCGUGGUGGAGGAGCACGAGAAGAAGAGCCAGCUGUGCUUCGAGGGCCUCCGCGCGCCCGUGCCGGCCGCCGAGCUGAUGGAGAGCAGGGUCAUCGACCAGGAGCUCUUCCACCAGCUGAGCCAGGGCAAGAGGACGGUGCAGGAGGUGGCCGAGGUGGAGUCUGUGAGGAAGUACCUGCGCGGCGCCAACGCCAUCGCCGGGGUGUGGGUGGAGGAGAGCGGGCAGAAGCUGAGCGCCUACGAGGCCCUGAAGAAGAACCUGCUGAAGCCCGAGGUGGCCCUCUCGCUCCUGGAGGCCCAGGCCGGCACCGGGCACAUCAUCGACCCUCUCAAGAACGCCAGGCUGUCGGUGGAUGAGGCCGUGAAGUCCGGCCUGGUGGGCCCCGAGCUGCACGAGAAGUUACUCUCUGCAGAGAAGGCCGUGACUGGCUAUAAGGACCCCUACACCGGGCAGGUCGUCUCCCUGUUCCAGGCCCUGAAGAAGGGGCUCAUCCCCAGCGACCACGGCCUGCGCCUGCUGGACGCCCAGCUCUCCACCGGGGGCAUCAUCGAUCCGGGCAAGAGCCACCGCGUGCCCCUCGAGGUCGCCUACGAGCGGGGCUAUUUGGAUGAGGAGAUGAACAAGGCCCUGUCCACUCCCAAGGACAGCGCCAAGGCCUUCUACGACCCCAACACCCAAGAAAACCUCACCUACAGCCAGCUGCAGAAGAAGUGCCGGAAGGACAAGAAGAGCGGCCUGCUGCUCCUGCCGCUCUCGGAGAAGGCCAUCCGCGCUCAGCAGGAGGAGAUCUACACCGACCUCCAGGCCAAGGAGUCCUUUGAGAAGGCCACGGUCGAGGUCCCCGUCGGCAGCUUCAAGGGCAGGACCGUCACCAUCUGGGAGCUGAUCCACUCCGAGUACUUCACCGAGGAGCAGAGGCGGGAGCUGGUCCGUCAGUACAAGACGGGCAAAGUCACCAUUGAGAAGAUCAUCAAGAUCAUGAUCACCAUCAUCGAGGAGACGGAGACCAAGAGGCAGGAGAAGCUCACCUUCAGCGGCCUGCGCACACCCGUGGCGGCCAGCGAGCUCCUCGAGUCCAGGGUCAUCAGCAGGGCCCAGUUUGACCAGCUGAAGGACGGCAAGAAGUCGGUGAAGGACAUCUCUGAGACGGACUCGGUGAAGAGGUUCCUGCAGGGCACCGACUGCAUUGCGGGCAUCUACGUGGAGGAGACCAAAGAGAAGCUGACCAUCUACCAGGCCAUGAGGAGGAACUUGCUGCGGCCCAGCACGGCCGUCGUUCUCCUGGAGGCCCAGGCCGCCACGGGCUUCGUGAUCGACCCCAUAAAGAACCAGCGUCUCUACGUCAACGAGGCGGUGAAAGCCGGCGUGGUGGGGCCGGAGCUGCACGAGAAGCUGCUGUCCGCCGAGAAGGCCGUCACCGGCUACAAGGACCCCUACUCGGGCAACACCAUCUCCCUCUUCGAGGCCAUGAAGAAGGGCCUGAUUCUCAGGGAGCACGGCGUGCGCCUGCUGGAGGCCCAGGUCGCCACGGGCGGCAUCAUUGACCCCGUGCACAGCCACCGCGUGCCCGUGGAGGUCGCCUACAAGCGCGGCUACCUGGACGAGGAGAUGAACCGGACGCUGUCCGACCCCUCCGACGACACCAAGGGCUUCUUCGACCCCAACACGCAGGAGAACCUGACCUACCUGCAGCUGAAGCAGCGCUGCGUGGAGGACCCUGAGACCGGCCUCUACCUGCUGUCCCUGAAGAAGCCCGAGAAGCCGGAGGUGGUGGAGACCACGCAGGUGUACACGGAGGAGGAGACCCGCAGGGCCUUCGAGGAGACGCAGAUCGACAUCCCCGGCGGCAGCCAGGGCAGCACCUCCAUGUCCCUGUGGGAGGUGAUGCAGUCCGACAUGAUCCCCGAGGAGCAGCGCGCGCGGCUGAUGGAGGACUUCCGCGCGGGCAAGGUCACCAAGGAGCGCAUGAUCAUCAUCAUCAUCGAGAUCAUCGAGAAGACCGAGAUCAUCCGCCAGCAGAACCUCCACUCCUACGAUUACGUGCGGCGCCGGAUCACCGCCGAGGACCUCUACGAGGCGCGCAUCAUUUCCCUGGAGACUUACAACCUCGUGCGGGAGGGGACCAAGACCAUCCGGGAGGUCCUGGAGGCGGAGACCGCCUGGCGCUACCUGUACGGGAGCGGCUGCGUGGCCGGCAUCUACCUGCCCGCCUCCAAGCAGAAGCUGACCAUCUACCAGGCCCUGAAGAAGGGGCUCAUCAGCGCCGAGGUCGCCCGCACCCUGCUCGAGGCGCAGGCGGCCACGGGCUUCAUGAUCGACCCCGUCAAGAACGAGCGGCUCACCGUGGACGAGGCCGUGAGGAAAGGACUGGUGGGCCCCGAGAUCCACGACCGGCUGCUUUCGGCAGAGCGAGCGGUGACCGGCUACCGGGACCCCUACACCGAGCAGACCAUCUCCCUCUUCCAGGCCAUGAAGAAGGACCUCAUCUCCUCCGAGGAGGCCCUGAGGCUCCUGGACGCGCAGCUGGCCACGGGGGGCAUCAUCGACCCCCGCCUGGGCUUCCACCUGCCGCUGGAGAUCGCCUACCAGCGAGGCUACCUGAACAAAGACACGCACGACCAGCUGUCGGAGCCCAGCGAGGUCCGGAGCUACGUGGACCCGUCCACCGAGGAGAAGCUGAGCUACACGCAGCUGCUGAAACGCUGCCGCCGCGACGAGAACAGCGGGCAGCUGCUCCUGCCCCUCUCCGACACCCGCAAGCUGACCUUCCGCGGCCUGCGCAAGCAGAUCACCGUGGAGGAGCUGGUCCGCUCCCGGGUCAUGGACGAGGCGACCGCCCUCCAGCUGCAGGAGGGGCUCACCUCCAUCGAGGAGGUCUCCAAGAACCUGAAGAAGUACUUGGAGGGCACCAGCUGCAUCGCCGGCGUCUUCGUGGACUCCACGAAGGAGCGGCUCUCGGUCUACCAGGCCAUGAAGAAGGGCAUCAUCCGCCCCGGCACCGCCUUCGAGCUGCUCGAGGCCCAGGCCGCCACGGGCUUCGUGAUCGACCCCAUAAAGAACCAGCGUCUCUACGUCAACGAGGCGGUGAAAGCCGGCGUGGUGGGGCCGGAGCUGCACGAGAAGCUGCUGUCCGCCGAGAAGGCCGUCACCGGCUACAAGGACCCCUACUCGGGCAACACCAUCUCCCUCUUCGAGGCCAUGAAGAAGGGCCUGAUUCUCAGGGAGCACGGCGUGCGCCUGCUGGAGGCCCAGGUCGCCACGGGCGGCAUCAUCGACCCCGUGCACAGCCACCGCGUGCCCGUGGAGGUCGCCUACAAGCGCGGCUACCUGGACGAGGAGAUGAACCGGACGCUGUCCGACCCCUCCGACGACACCAAGGGCUUCUUCGACCCCAACACGCAGGAGAACCUGACCUACCUGCAGCUGAAGCAGCGCUGCGUGGAGGACCCCGAGACCGGCCUCUACCUGCUGUCCCUGAAGAAGCCCGAGAAGCCGGAGGUGGUGGAGACCACGCAGGUGUACACGGAGGAGGAGACCCGCAGGGCCUUCGAGGAGACGCAGAUCGACAUCCCCGGCGGCAGCCAGGGCAGCACCUCCAUGUCCCUGUGGGAGGUGAUGCAGUCCGACAUGAUCCCCGAGGAGCAGCGCGCGCGGCUGAUGGAGGACUUCCGCGCGGGCAAGGUCACCAAGGAGCGCAUGAUCAUCAUCAUCAUCGAGAUCAUCGAGAAGACCGAGAUCAUCCGCCAGCAGAACCUCCACUCCUAUGAUUACGUGCGGCGCCGGAUCACCGCCGAGGACCUCUACGAGGCGCGCAUCAUUUCCCUGGAGACGUACAACCUCGUGCGGGAGGGGACCAAGACCAUCCGGGAGGUCCUGGAGGCGGAGACCGCCUGGCGCUACCUGUACGGGAGCGGCUGCGUGGCCGGCAUCUACCUGCCCGCCUCCAAGCAGAAGCUGACCAUCUACCAGGCCCUGAAGAAGGGGCUCAUCAGCACCGAGGUCGCCCGCACCCUGCUCGAGGCGCAGGCGGCCACGGGCUUCAUGAUCGACCCCGUCAAGAACGAGCGGCUCACCGUGGACGAGGCCGUGAGGAAAGGGCUGGUGGGCCCCGAGAUCCACGACCGGCUGCUUUCGGCAGAGCGAGCGGUGACCGGCUACCGGGACCCCUACACCGAGCAGACCAUCUCCCUCUUCCAGGCCAUGAAGAAGGACCUCAUCUCCUCCGAGGAGGCCCUGAGGCUCCUGGACGCGCAGCUGGCCACGGGGGGCAUCAUCGACCCCCGCCUGGGCUUCCACCUGCCGCUGGAGAUCGCCUACCAGCGAGGCUACCUGAACAAAGACACGCACGACCAGCUGUCGGAGCCCAGCGAGGUCCGGAGCUACGUGGACCCGUCCACCGAGGAGAAGCUGAGCUACACGCAGCUGCUGAAACGCUGCCGCCGCGACGAGAACAGCGGGCAGCUGCUCCUGCCCCUCUCCGACACCCGCAAGCUGACCUUCCGCGGCCUGCGCAAGCAGAUCACCGUGGAGGAGCUGGUCCGCUCCCGGGUCAUGGACGAGGCGACCGCCCUCCAGCUGCAGGAGGGGCUCACCUCCAUCGAGGAGGUCUCCAAGAACCUGAAGAAGUACUUGGAGGGCACCAGCUGCAUCGCCGGCGUCUUCGUGGACUCCACGAAGGAGCGGCUCUCGGUCUACCAGGCCAUGAAGAAGGGCAUCAUCCGCCCCGGCACCGCCUUCGAGCUGCUCGAGGCCCAGGCCGCCACGGGCUACGUCAUCGACCCCAUCAAGGGGCUCAAGCUCACGGUGGAGGAGGCCGUCCGCAUGGGCAUCGUGGGCCCCGAGUUCAAGGACAAGCUCAUCUCGGCCGAGCGCGCUGUGAUCGGCUACAAGGACCCCUACUCCGGGAAGCUCAUCUCCCUCUUCCAGGCCAUGAAGAAGGGCCUGAUCCUGAAGGACCACGGCAUCCGCCUGCUGGAGGCCCAGAUCGCCACCGGGGGCAUCAUCGACCCGGAGGAGAGCCACCGACUGCCCGUGGAAAUGGCGUACAAGCGGGGGCUCUUCGACGAGGAGAUGAACGAGAUCCUCACGGACCCCUCGGAUGACACCAAGGGCUUCUUCGACCCCAACACGGAGGAGAACCUCACCUACCUGCAGCUGAUGGAGAGGUGCAUCACGGACCCGGAGACCGGCCUCUGCCUGCUGCCCCUGAAGGAGAAGAAGCGGGAGAGGAAGACCUCCUCCAAGUCUUCCGUCCGGAAGCGGCGGGUGGUGAUCGUGGACCCCGAGACGGGCAAGGAGAUGUCUGUGUACGAGGCCUACCGCAAGGGGCUCAUCGACCACCAGACCUACCUGGAGCUCUCGGAGCAGGAGUGCGAGUGGGAGGAGAUCACCAUCUCCUCCUCCGACGGCGUGGUCAAGUCCAUGAUCAUCGACCGCCGCUCCGGCCGGCAGUACGACAUCGACGACGCCAUCUCCAAGAGCCUCAUCGACCAGUCGGCCCUCGACCAGUACCGCGCCGGCACGCUCUCCAUCACCGAAUUCGCCGACAUGCUCUCGGGCAACAUGAGCGGCUUCCGCUCGAGGUCAUCCUCGGUGGGCUCCUCCUCCUCCUACCCCAUCAGCCCGGCCGUCUCCAGGACUCAGCUCGCUUCCUGGUCCGACCCCACUGAGGAGACGGGGCCGGUGGCCGGCAUCCUGGACACGGACACCCUGGAGAAGGUGUCCAUCACCGAGGCCAUGCACCGGAACCUGGUGGACAACAUCACCGGGCAGCGCCUGCUGGAGGCCCAGGCCUGCACCGGGGGCAUCAUCGACCCCCACACCGGGGAGAAGUUCCCUGUCACCGAUGCCGUCAACAAGGGGCUGGUGGACAAGAUCAUGGUGGACAGGAUCAACUUGGCCCAGAAGGCGUUCUACGGUUUCGAGGACCCGCGAACCAAGACGAAGAUGUCCGCGGCGCAGGCCCUCAAGAAGGGCUGGCUGUACUACGAGGCCGGGCAGCGCUUCCUGGAGGUGCAGUACCUGACCGGGGGCCUGAUCGAGCCCGACACGCCGGCCCGGGUGUCCCUGGACGAGGCCCUGCAGAAGGGAACCAUCGACGCCCGGACCGCCCAGAAGCUGCGGGAUGUCAACACCUACUCCAAGUACCUCACCUGCCCCAAGACCAAGCUCAAGAUCUCCUACAAGGACGCCAUGGACCGCAGCAUGACAGAGGAGGGCACGGGCCUGAGGCUGCUGGAAGCCUCCUCCCAGUCCAGCAAAGGGUACUACAGCCCUUACAGCGUGAGUGGCUCCGGUUCCACUUCGGGCUCCCGCGCGGGAUCGCGCACUGGCUCCCGUGCCGGCUCUCGGCGGGGAAGCUUUGACGCCACCGGCUCUGGCUUCUCCAUGACCUUCUCUUCCUCCUCCUACUCUUCAUCGGGCUACGGCCGCCGAUAUGCUUUGGGGCCUCAUGAAGCCUCUGAGGCAGCCCAGCUCUCCUCGAAUUGGGGCAGCCUGAGUGGGAGCUGCGGGGGGGAGGCAGGAGAGGAGUGGGCAGUGCUGGGGGGGCCACAGCCUGCUGUGGCGUAACUGCCCCGGCCCCGCCCUUCUCCCUCUGCUCCCUCCCCUGCCCCCUCUUACUCUGCAUGUGAUCCAUCUGCCAGCUAAGUGCCCUGGGUUUACUUUUUGUUGUUGUUUUUUUUUUGUUUUUUUUUUUAAUUUUAAAAAAAGACUCUUCUUCCAAAGCGGUGCCUAAAGUUUAACCAAAAAGACUAGACUAAUAUAUUAAUAUAUAUUUGCUGUUCCGAGAGUUUGUACAUCGAGGGGAGCUGAGGGGGCCGUCUCUCUGCCCGCCUUGCCACCCACGCUGAGACUCUCCUGACCAUCUGUGCUGGCAGCCACUUCACCACAGCCUGAUGCCUUGGACUUGGGUCCGAGCCAGCUCUCACCUUCCCCGGACUUGGGGCCCCCGGCUCUUCCAGCACCUCCUGCCUGCUGCCCCCAGCCCUGCCCCCUCCUCCCCUCUUGGGCUCCUCCGUUCCGCAGGAGGCGAGCUGGGCCAAGCCACCACCUGGCCGUGUUUCACUUCUCUCAGCAACAUGUCCUCCACCCGGCCUCAGGCCAUGGGGGGUUCUCCCCCAGGGCCUGCAUCUGCAGCUGCUGCCGGGACCCUCCUCCCUGCCGCCGGGUCAGGUGAGGGGCAGCCUGCCUCCCCACGGGGCCUUCAGCCUUCUCUUCACCGCCAGGAUGGGGCAGGAGCCUCGCGCAUGUUGGACUGACUCCCUGCCCGCUCUCCUGCCUGCCUUUCAGCCCUAGCCCCGACCCUGUGGUGGGCUCCACCUUUGGGGGCUGGACUUGUGCGUGGGGAAGGAGUCAAAGGGGAUGGUCGUGACCAUGGGCCCUCUUGGUGUGUCUGGGAAGUGCCCUGCCCCAGAUGGAGCAGGGAGAACGCCUCGGGUCAGUGUCUGGCCGAUUGGGAGCUGGAUGCUAGGCCAGGGGUGAAGGCUGCUGACCUGCAGUUGUGGAUGGGAUGGGGGAAAGGGCCUCUUUGGGCCCCCCUCAAGGAAGGAUUGAUAAACCUUCUCCACCCCUUUACUUGCUCUCUCCUCCUCCUCCUCCUCCUACCUGGAGGCUUGGAGAUAACCUGUUCUCCUUCUGUGUCAGCUGUCUCUCUCCAGCCUUCCCAGAGAAGUCCCUUCCCUAUGGGAAGAUGAGAACUGGGGCUCCAACAUCAACCCACCAGGGCCAGGCCUAGGCUCACGGGAGGCUCCUCUACUGGGCCAUCCCACCCAGUGUGAUCCAGUGGCCCCUCUUCCCUCCCGUGGAGCCUGCAGCCCUGUGACCCUGGGGGACACCCUGAGGACUCAGACCCGGCCUUAUCCCUUGGCCCAAACCUUCCAGCUGUUGCCCGUGGCAGCAUCUCCAACCCUGGCCUUCCCCCCCCACGCAGUGCCGGCCCCCUGGAGCAGUCCCCUUUGGCCUGGAGCCGGCGCUGCCAUUGACUUGAGGGCUUGGAGUGCUCUGCUAGGGUCUCUGUCCGGGCCCCGAAAAUACGGCUCCAGGCUGCUGAGCUCCCCCUGCAACCAUCUCAUGUUCCAUUGAUUUCCUGUCCCCUCAGAGCCGAGACCACCCCCCCGGUCCACACUCCUUCCUGAGAGCAGCUCCGCCCAGCCUGCCUGGGUCUCGGGCUUUUUAUCGUUUCUCCUCCUGUUCCCUCCCAAGCCACUGGCUGGGACUGCAUGCUCUACUAACCAUGGGGCUCCUGCCUUGGCCUCCGGUCAGGAGGAGUCCGCAGUGCUGUGGGCAGAACACUAAACAGACUGUACAGAAGGUGGUGGUCCCCGCGGCCCCACCUGCCCCCAGUAAAGGAGGUUCCUUGCUA